AUUUUCUUAACUUCAGUUCAAAAAUGAGAAUAUAAAUUAUUUGAAUUUACAAUUCAUUGAUUGUAUGACUAUUUACUUAUUUAUGAUUAUAGGAGUGAAGAACCAGUGGCACAAAACAUGGACAUCUCCACCGGACAUAUCAUUUUGUCCUAUAUGGAGGAUCACCUGAAGAAAAAGGAUCGUUUGGAGAGGGAAUGGGAGGCGUUGUGUGCCUACGAGGCUGACCCGUGUGCCACACAUGCGGCCGGUUUGCCCCAAAACGCUAAGAAGAACCGCUACACCGAUGUCUUGCCGUACGAUCACUCGAGGGUUAUUCUCAACGACUUGGCCAAUGUCUCCGGAUCUGAUUAUAUCAACGCUAACACUAUUACCGAUCACGACCCCCGAAACCCGGCCUAUAUUGCAACACAAGGACCUCUUCCACAAACGGCAGCGGAUUUCUGGCAGAUGGUAUGGGAACAAGGUAGUGUGAUCAUCGUGAUGCUCACCCGACUCAUGGAGAAUGGCGUAGCGAUGUGUCAUCGGUAUUGGCCCGAAGAGGGCAGCGAACUCUACCACAACUAUGAGGUUCAUCUGGUGUCUGAGCACAUCUGGUGCGACGACUAUCUGGUCAGGAGUUUCUAUCUGAAGAACUUAAAGACCAGCGAAACCCGAACUGUCACUCAGUUUCACUUCCUCUCGUGGCCCGAGAAUGGGGUUCCGCCCAAUGCUAAGGCUAUACUUGAGUUCAGGAGAAAAGUAAACAAGUCUUAUAGAGGCCGGUCGUGUCCUAUUGUGACACAUUGCAGUGAUGGGACGGGCCGUACGGGCACCUAUAGCCUCAUCGAUAUGGUCUUGAAUCGCAUGUCAAAAGGGGCUAAAGAGAUAGACAUCGCGGCAACUCUGGAGCACAUACGCGAUCAACGCAUGGGAAUGGUUAAGACAAAGGCUCAGUUCGAGUACGUGCUGACAGCUGUGGCCGAGGAGGUCCAGGCCAUCCUCAAGGCAUUGGCACAAAAUUGAAUCCCAGAUCACAUUUAAGCAGCAAAUUAUUACAAAUACAGCGUUUCCUCCAAAUUCUCCAAUCGUUUCCUAAUGAGAAAC